AUGCCGGAAAGUCCAGGGCCACUUUUCCCUUGUUACAAACUCUAUUACUGGACGGACACCCUGGAUAUCUGCGCAAUCAUUUUGUCCAUCUUCAGCUUCAUUGCCAACCUCAGUGUCGUCAUUCUUCUCUUCCUUCUUCGCUCUAAGAAGGUCGAGACUCUGGCCCUCCUACGAGUCCUUUCUCUCAGUUGUCUAUCUUUCGCCUUUGUUAAUAUCCUUGAGGACCUCGGCGCUCGCAGUCCCGACACCGGCAGCACCCUCGUUGACAGCCUAAUCUGUGUCCUGUGGAGCAGUCGUUUUGCCUUCUGGUACACCAAUGCUCACAUCUACAACAGCCUCUUCUACUUCGCCUGCAGCAGGGCUUUGGAAAUGCUCCGCAUUCCCAAUUAUCCCAUCACUACGGAGAAACAGCGUCUCGCUACCUUCAUGCUCCUGAUCUUCAUUUCCAGUUUCCUCGGUUCGGCGCCUCAGCUACUGUUAGCGCAUCCGCAUGCGAAGGACUGUGCCUGUGCGCCAAUAACGGAGAACCUCGAAAUCCUGACGGUGGUUUAUGCUCACGCUUACCUAUGGGUGGCGAUCUUCGGACUCACCUACCCUGCCAUUCUCGUCUACAUUUGCAUCGCUUUGGUUCUGCGAGCGCGCAGAUCAGAGAGGGCCACUCUGCUGGACGAACUUGAUCAACUCUGUUUUCGGAACUUGCGACCAGCCUCCACCACCGACACCGCAUCCACGCACCCAAUUACUCCCUCAUCUCACCGCGUCCCCUCCAGUGGUGAUAAGAGUACUGCAGCAACUCCUGAGAAGUCUACCCAUGUCUGGUCGGCGUCGUUUUGCAUCCUACCGCUUACCGCAGCCUACGUAACAAGCGUAAUCUUUGAGGCGACAUGCCAGCUGUUGAGUACGGCUGGAUUUUUCACCUACAAGCUGCGCAGUCCAACUAACCGGUUUAGUGGAAUCUUGAUGAAUCUGUUCACAGCACUGGUGCCACUGAUUCUCUUUUUCCACAUCCCCGCCAUGCGGUCGCUGAUCUUUGCUGCAAUAGAAUUCCUGAAAACCAGACGCAGAAAGGUUAUGCUUGCGAAAGCUGGUGGUCAAUCCGGUUGA